UAUAUAGACUUUAUUUACCGACAGGUUAUGGUAUGCAAAAGGACGAGGAAAAAAACCAAACUUCGAUGUAAAUAAUCAUUCAAAGCUAUUUAACCGCAGGUCUUUCGUGAUCUACUGUUUUACUGACAAGAAGGUUCUACCAUUCGCACGUAAAGUAUUCGUUCAUUGCAAUUACAUUGUUAAAACAAUUUUGCUGCGUGAUCUUAACCUAUAGCAGCUACUCGGUAAACUUCUUAUAUCCCUAAGUAAAUUAAGAAUUUUUAGAUAAUGGAUCGUUGUCACAAUUGCGGUGAACAUACAGAAGCAGAUUCGGGUCCCUGUUGUACUUUGUAUGAUAAGAUAGACAUAGCUAGGGUGCAAUGUCUAAAUGAGUGUACAGAAGGUACUGGGGCAACAGUCUUCAAAAAAUGGGAGGACCGAUUAGACAGAACCAAAUUUGUAGAAAGUGACAUAGAUGCUGAGCUUUUAUUCAAUAUACCUUUCACAGGAAAUGUAAAAUUGAAGAGUAUUAUUGUAAUUGCAGACGAAGAGUUAGAACCUAAUGUAGUAAGACUAUAUAAAAAUCGACCAAACAUGAUGUUUGACAAUGUGAUUUCUCCAGAUCAGGAAUUUCGGUUACACAGGGACCCACAUGGUUUAGACGAAUAUCCUGUGAAAACAGUCAAAUUCUCAUCUGUAAAUCAUUUAAGUCUCCACUUCACUGGUAUGGGGGAACAGAUUAGGAUUUAUUACAUUGGCUUAAGAGGAGAAUGGACUCCAUCUCACAAACACGGUGUAACUAUUUGUACAUAUGAAGCACGUCCCUUAAUUACUGAUCAUAUAGUGGACUUCAAUACACUUCCCAACAUGCACAUUAAAUGAUAUCCUCAUCAAAGUUGGCCCUUAAGACUUUAGUGUUAAA